UGUGCAUGUUAAGGUGUUCGCCUCAACGGGGGUUAUUGAUUUCACAUCGUUGUCGGAUGGUGACCACACAAACCCGUUUAGCAACAUAAUGUAAUGACGCCCGGCUUGGAGGAGAGAGACUAACUAUACUGAAGCAGCUAAACUAGCUAGCAGGGCGCCAGGACCCACGCCGAUCUCAGUUAGUGACUACUCCAGGUCCCAUACAACGCACGACUCUGGAUAGCGCAUGGGCGUGUCCUUUACAAUGACCACAAUGCAACACUGACUUCGCGGUCAUUUAUUUAGAACUCAGAACCGAUCAGAUCAGAACUCGAACAAUCACCUUCCCAACAGGGUCAGUUUCACACAUGCAAUUCAGACUUACGGUUCAGAACACAGCACACAACCAACUAGCAAAACAUCGUUAAACACACAUCAGUAUAAGUCAGUAACAUCAACACAGGGUAACACAUCAGAACACUCUAACAACAAUUUUACAACUGCUCUCCAAACUAAUCACUGAACUCCCAUGAUGCCCCCAUUCAUUAUGUCGCUGCCACCAGAACUCUUCCCAAUAGCCGACGUAGGUCGUCACAAUAACAUAAGGUGUGGUCCUCGUUCAUUUCUACUACAGCUCAGACAGUUAUAGUGGAGGGAUAAAAAUCAUCUUUUCAGAAAUGACCUUCAUCUUUUUGCUUGUGUUUGCUCCUGCGCUCGCCUGUGCCUUGCCUACCACAGCUAGUCAGGGUGGAAAGACAUCUGUGCAGACGUUUUUCUGCAAGGAUCCAGGGUGUGCUGAUAACAUCACUAAAGUAUUUUGCAACGACAAGCGUCUCACUGAUCGUCAAAUGGCAGAUUGCACAGGCCCUCCACCGCCCAACACUGUCUGCCAGCGUGACGGUCGGGCGUUCGUUUCCACUGAUGCACAUGGCAAGUGUGAGUUUGAAGGGGUCAGCUUUUUUCUUCCAACUGGAGACUGUAAAGACCACAUCAACAUUUGUGCUUUUAGCAGAGCUGCCACACCUUCACCACUCACCAACAGAACGCAAAAGGACCAGGAAAACCCUGAACAUGAUGCUGGUAGAGGUAACGGUUCACUAGUGUCACUGGUAGUACCAAUACUAUUGCUGGUAGGAGUAGGAGUAGCUGUACUAGUGGUACUGAAAAAAAAGAGACAAAACAGACCUCAAAAUCAACAGUCAGCAAGUGACCCUAGUGAGACUAGACAACUAGCAAAGACUGUGCAAGGCCCUGGAGCAACCAGAGGUACAGAAGAUGACCAGAGCAGACUGGAUAAUGGCAACCCUCUUCCUUAAUGUGACCAAGCAAUCUGACACUACCAUAUGGGCGUCGGGUGAAAACCUACAGCAACUCUCUGGACGGGUUUCACAGGAACUUGUGAA